AUGGAGAGCAAAACCAACAAAUACUUAGCCCUGAUUCUUGUUACAUUCUUGAUCAGCCUGUACUACCAUCCUAUCUCCGCCACACCACAACAUGGCCAUGCCCAUUUCGUGCUGGUUCAUGGGGCAGGUCACGGGGCAUGGUGUUGGUAUAAACUCAUACCAAUAUUGAAAUCUCAAGGCCACAACGUAACUGCAGUCGACUUAGCUGCAUCCGGGAUCGAUCUAAGUCGGGCUGAGACUCUCACGUCGAUCAACGAGUAUAUUGAGCCAUUGAUGGACCUAAUGAACAGUCUAAAUGUGGAUGAAAAGGUGAUUCUGGUGGCACAUAGUUUUGGUGGGCUUGCUAUUUCUAAGGCCAUGGAGUUAUUUCAUGAUAAGGUUCAUAUGGCUAUUUUCGUUACUGCCCUAAUGCCUGGCCCGACCUUCAAUUUCACGUUUCUUUCUAAAGGGUUGGUGAGGUGGCAAGCUCCAUUACUAGACAUGAAGUUUAUAUUUGGAGAUGGGCCUGAUAAACCUCCUACUCUUUCCAUUGGAGGUCCACUUUUCCUUUCAUUAAAUAUGUAUGACCUUAGUCCUAGAGAGGACGUUGAAUUGGCGGGUGCAUUGGUUCGGCCACAACGUUUAUUCAGCAACGAAGAUACAGACACAAGUCUUGUUCUCACUCCCGAGAGAUACGGAUCGGUAAACCGGAUCUUUGUAGUGUCCGAGAAAGACAAAACGUUAAUGAAAGAGUUCCAGCUCUGGAUGAUCAAGAACAAUCCUCCUAACCACGUUGAGCAUAUCCAGGAUUCUGAUCAUAUGGUCAUGAUUUCCAAGCCGUUGGAUCUUGGUGACCGUCUUCUAUCUUUGGCUAAGAAGUUUGCUUGAAAAUAUUCCACAUUUGAUUCAACAUGUUGUUGCGAGUCCUAAUGGUUGUCAAUUCUACUAUGCUUAUGUUGAACAAGCCAUCAUGGUGUGCAUAUUUAUAUUUUCGUGUGUGAUAUCACUUUAUAUUUGGUUUGACUU